GAGCAGGCCGUUAUCUGGGGUGGAGUGUUUCUAAUCAGAAGUAAACCCAUUCACAAAGUUCUGCUUGUGGAGUUUCUGGCAAUAGCCACUUCCUUUGUGGCAAAAAAAGAGCAAGAUAAAUAAAAACAAGGAAGCAGAGCUCUGACGUAGCCGCAGUUACAAAACCAUUCCCAACUCCCCCGCGAUCCCACUGUGGCUGGCGGGGGCAGCGCCCGCGCUGCCGAGGGGUGCACCGGGGAGAGGGCACGGAGAGGAGCCGGUGGGACAAGUGCAGGGACCUCGUGGUGACUAGGAGAUUUUUUCUUCAUGCAACUGUCCUGGGAGGAUCCGCUUCAGGAUAUGGAUCCAAAAGGAGCGUGAGAUGCCAAGACACUGACGCUGAUUAGCCCGAGCCCAGCUGGAAAGACAGCCCUUGCCUGCUGCUUCACCAAAGCUAACACCAGGAACCACAUCCCACUACCUGCCCAGCAUCCAUCCAUGGAGGUGAACCACAUGGUCCCACCUAGCGCACCACCCACGCCAACCAGCGACGGAGAAGACCCGUGCAGGAUAGACGUCACCGACGCGGCCGUAGACACGGUCACGCUGCUCAUCUGCCUCUGCGGGCUGGUGGGGAAUGGGGCCGUCCUCUGGUUCCUCGGCUUCCGCAUCCGCAGGAACUCCAUCACCGUCUACAUCCUCAACCUGGCCGUCGCCGACUUCACCUUCCUCCUCUUCAUGGUCACCUCAUCCCUCCUCUACAUGAUGGAGAAUGUCUUCUGCUCCACUGUUGCGUCCCUGAUGUACCUGAGGUCGCUUUUCCUGCUCUCACUCUUCUCCUACAACAUGGGCCUGUACCUCCUGACGGCCAUCAGCAUCGAGAGGUGCGCGUCCAUCCUCUGCCCGCUCUGGUACCGCUGCCGCCGCCCCCAGCGCUUGUCGACCGUGGUGUGUGCCCUGCUCUGGGCCCUCUCCAUCGCUGUCAUUGCUGCAGUGACUUCUCUCUGCCUGUUGCACGAGCACGAGCACUGCCGGAUGGCUCUCAUCUCCAUGUACGUCCUCAACUUCCUUAUUUUUGCCCCACCCAUGGUCGUUUGCAGCACAAUCCUCUUCAUUAAGGUCCAGUGUGGCUCCCAGCAGCGCCAACCCUGGAGGCUCUACAUCGUUAUCUUCCUCACCGUCCUCUUCUUCCUCCUCUUCGCUCUUCCUCUCAGCAUCUGGAAUUUCCUGCAGCAGUUCAGCUACACCAUUGUGCUCUCCCAGGUUGUCUUCCUGCUCGCCUGCAUCAACAGCAGCAUCAACCCCUUCAUCUACUUCUUGGUGGGGAGCUGCCGGAGGCAAUGCUCCUUGGUGUCCCUCCAGGUCGCCUUCCGGAAGGUCUUUGAGGAGCCAGAAGACAACACUGCAUGCAGCAACGAUACUACGAUGGACACGCUGGCUCCAGCCUGUUGAAGCCUUUCCACCACCCUACUUAAGACCCCCGGGACAGUGGCUGAGGGUUUCCUUGAGUCACCAGCUGACUAACCAUCAGCAGUAUUUCCCCCGAUGUCACCCUCUCGCAGUGUAAUCCUGCCCCCUGCAGAAGGGGAGAGCAGGGGCCUCGCCAAGGUCCAUGUGGGGAGGGAUGCUCUGCGGGGAGCACAGCUUUCCUCUUCCCUGCCAGCCCACCCCAGUUCCUAGGGCACUAUUCCCCCAAGGACAACAUGCCCCACAGGACCACAUUCCCAAAAAUCUCCUGCUGCUUUUUGGGAUGAGCGGUGCCUUUGGGAAACUCUGACUCAUGUACAGAGCGGGGGUAAAACCCAUUCAGUGUCUUAAGCCCCUCUCCCUAUCCAGCAUCCCAGCCCGCGCAGCCUCUCUGAGCUCUGCUCCGCUUCCACCUCCUGCAAUGCCGGCGGGGGGGGACCGCUGCCCCUCGCCAGGCUCUGCCAAGGCCCCGGCACCCUCCCACCGGUACCCGGUUCCUCUAUCUCACUGCUGCCUGAUAUCAAUAAACAGCAUCGUGCACCCUGA